ACCCCGAAUUGUUCCCCAUUGUCUUUUUUUCUCGAUGACGGUCCUCGCAUACACCUACAUCUUGAAUACGAAGACGCUUACUUGUAGAGUAUUUCGAAAUAUAUCUUGAAAUUUGGACGCCUUGUCCAUCCAAUAUCGGUAAACGGUACCGACCGUUUUUAAAUUUCCUUGAUUCUUCAAAGAAAAUGGCGGAACAGAGACCUUUUUUCAAUUACUCGAAGAAUGAUGAAAUGCCAGUUCUGGAAGAUGAUCCUGAAUUCGACAUGCUCAAUGACGAAACAUUUGGUCAUGGCCUCUCCGACGAUGAUGAUUGGGAAGCUCAACAUGAACAUCUAGCACAUGAAUACAACAAAGAAAAUGGAAAGGGUCCAAGGGGAUCCAUCCACCCUAAUAGCGAAGCGAAGGAAGAAGAAGUGGAUACUAAUGGAAUAAGUGAACAAAUGAUCCAAUUUGUUCUCUCAGAUAAUGAAGGACAAAGAGAAGCAAACCCGCGUGAAGAUGGCUUCAGAAUCAUUGAUCCUGUUCACAACUUGGAAAAUAAAUCAGCUGCUGAGAAUGGAAGAUGGUUUUCUUGGAUUCCUCCACAGCCGCCGCUGGCCCCAAUGCAGCAACUUCCCCCCGCUUUGCCUAAAAUACCGACUCUUGAGGAAAUAGAGCGAGAUCUUAUCAAAUCCUGCACAAAUAAGAAUGAGAACGUUACCACACCGGGUUCUCAACCUUCACAGCCUUCCAAUACAGUAUUGCCAUUAAAUAUGGAUAAUCAGUUCAAUUUCAGUAGAUUGCCUCCACCGCCUCACAAUGUCCCGCCACCUGCCUUCAUUCAAACACCUCUAAACAUGAUGAAUAUAGUGCAACAGAUGCCACCACCACCAGUGCACCUCCAGGGUCCCCCUCCACCGUUCCCUUAUCCACCUGGUGCCUUCAUGCCGCAUACGCCACAGACACAAUCUAAGAGAUUCCCAAGCGAUUUUCCGAGAAUGGAUGGAAGAGGCGGAAUUCGCCAUCAAGGUCACGAUUUCCAAAAUCGGCGCGGAAACGUGAGGGGUGGAAGGGGUGGACAUCAUGGACAAUAUUACGAGCCAUUCAACAUGAGAGGGGGAGGACAGCGUAUGUACAGGCCCUCCAACUCUAAUUUACAGCAGCAUUCCCAGAACGUAGUAGAAGACGAAUAUGCCAACCUGAUGACUGUUCAGGAAAAAAACUGGUUGGCUCAAAUUCAGCAAUAUCAGCUGAACUCUAUGAACCCUACCAAAGAAGACUACUAUUACACGACUUUUAUGAGCCGCAAACAAGGGUCAAGUAUCCGCAAAAAUAACAAUUUUGGUGGUAGUCAGAGAUCGGUGAGAGAAAUACCUCCUAAAACAGCCUAUACUCCAUUGCAGUUUGAAAAUUCACUAGGAAAACUGCAAGUCGGAAGUGUGAUCGCACCUCGCAAGAUAAUCGACAUUGAUGUUGUUGAAAACGUUGACCCCUUCAGUCAAGCAGCCGCUCCCACACCUAAACAAAUUUUCAUGGAAAUAGAAUUAAUGUUCAACUAUGUGCUAGAAAUGGAGGAGUGUGACGCGGCUGAUCAGCCUUGUUAUCUGCUUCCUCAUGGGUCUGACAAGCUGGUAGAACACAUUUCCGAACGUUCAAGGUUCUAUCCUUACAUGAACAUCCAUAAAGGACGGCAAGUGGUGCUUCGAUUGCUGCCAUAUGUUAACAAUACCUGUCCAAUCAUGAAGAAGAUGGUGGGUUCUAUGGUACCUAUCUCCAGGAAGGUGAAUGGUGAUGGUCAGCUCCUCCUCAGCUACCUGCCUUUCAUCCGAGCGUGGUUGGCAGAAAUGGACAUGCAACAGUUGGUCUGCUUCGCGGUUCAAGCCCAACCUGCUAUCCAUCAUAUACUCACCAACAAGUUCACAAUCUCAGUACUCGCCAAUAUGGUGGAGCGUGCCGAACUCCUGUUGCAAGAAACCCCUGAUGCUGAAGAUGUGAAAUGGAACAGUUUUAUCAGAAAUGUAGUGAAACAGACCCUAGAGCUGGACGGUGCGCUUGAAAGGCCUGUUGUCGGCAUCGAUCCACAUGUACUCAAGUGCCAUCUUAUCAGGUGUACCGGCGACCGAUUCACCCCCGAACAGCUGACUGUGGCGUUGAAGACACUCAGCAAUGCUAGCCCCUCCAAGCCCACCGAUUCCUAGAUCCUCAUUACGUCGACUCUUAUUCGAUUUCACAAGCAUCGAGUCGUUUUCUAGUUAUAAGCAUUGUCCAAAGUGAGAAGAAGUGAAUAUUGUAUUAUUAUCGUGUCGUCACUUUGACUUGGGCUCUUAGGCCUACUCUUCUGUAUUUCUAUUUUAUAAUCUAUGUACUUUGUUCGCCUGAAAAUCAUGUUCACGCGUAUACGAAUGCCCCCGUCAAGACAUGCCAAAGUGCAAUUUAAGUUUAGUGUUAUUUCAACAACGUUCUACAGGUAUAAUGGCCGAUUUGAUGGACAUUCCAAACGCCUCGAUUAUUUUUGUGUUACAACACGCGUUGAAAUAGGAAACACGUGGAAAUUAAACAAGUUUUCAUUAAAAGACGAGGAAACACGCGUUUUUAAUGCAUGUUAUUCUCUUAUUAUAAUAAUUACACUUUAAUUUCAUCAAAAUAUUUAGUAUUAUGAAUAGAAAUUACUAGGAGAUCAAGAUCGUACAAAUAAUAAACUCAUUUUGACUCCUAGUAGGACUUGUUGCAUAUGUGAAGCUUGUACCACUACUUUCAUCUGGCGAACAAAACCUCUCACCCUAGUUUUGAUAUAGUAUAAUUAUACAUUUGCUAUUGUAACGCUCAAGUCUGAUCCUGGCCUUGUCAUGAUGUUUUGAGCGGUGUGAACAAAGUUUUAGUUGUAUGUCCCCAAUAACUAAUAAACUUUGUAUUCGAGGCUACUCUGGCCGAAAUUUAGUCUUUUAAAAAUGUAAGGCUGUGAAAAUGUAUGAUUGUUUACGAGCCAAUUUGUUUAUAUGUAUAGAUUAAGAUUUCUUGAUUAUAUUUGUUUCCAUUUUACUAGAGUUCCUAUUUCUGGAUUGGAUAAUGCAUAUUCUUUGGAGCAAAAUGGUUUGGAAUCUGUCAGUUCUUGAAAUUUCAAGCGUGUGGUUAGUUGACUAUUUGAUCGAGGACUCGCUUGUGUAAAUCAUUAAUACUUGAGUUCUCCUACUAGAUUUGGAUUAGAUGCAGGAUUUGAUUUCUAUUCACUCUUCACUGGAGUGAAUUUGAAUUUUACGUUUUAAGUAUGUCUCUAGUUGAAGAGAAGUUUAUGAUUCAUAAAAUAAUGACGAAGAAUUUUAUUUAUUUUUCUCAGAUUUCAUAUGAUGUGAUUCAAUUAUGAUUCGAUUUUAUAUGUGACAUAUUCGAUUUAAUUAUUAGUAUUCAUGUUGAUGAGGAGACCAAAUUACUAUCAAAUUAAUAGAAUAAUAUUUUUCACUUCUACGACAAGAAAUAUGUAUGUAAGAAGUAACUGGAAAAUUAUGGAAUUACGGAACCGAUUAAAACCAAUAUUGUUAUUUCUUGAACAAAUUUUACUAUUUGUUUCAUAGAACUGAGAAAAUAUUAUAGAAUAUAGAUUGCUCUUAUAAUUCAAUCUGCAUUUUCAUUAUUUUAUUUUUAUAUUAUUCAUUUGAUUCUCUUUGGUCAUAAUCCUCAAUAUUAAAUCCUUUCAAUUCAAUCAAUAUUUUUAUUAUUUUGUUUGUCUUUAUUUAGAGAAUAUUAUUUAUUUGAUUGUCAUAUUAAUUAAUUUAUAUGAAUAUUAUUUAUUUGAUUGUCAUAUUUCAUUAAUUAAUAUGAGUAGAGACUUGACUACAUGCUGCAUAAGGAGGCUCAAUUUUUUAUUAAAUUGGUAAAUAGCAGAAUGUGCAGCUCAGUGGUCAUGUUUUUAAUGUGAGAGGAAUAUUUAUUUAUCAACAGAAACCAAUCAUUAGUUUGGUAUUUUUGCUUCGGCUUGACAUUCUUUACAUGUUCAGAAGAUCAAUGCUAUUGAUCGUGUAUUUCUAUAUUUAUCUUAUUAUAUUUUCGUACCUGUGUUUGAUUUUCGUUAAUUUUUUUACUAUUUAUUAAUUUAACUUUCAUAUUAAAUGUUUAUCCAGUUCA